GGGCGUGUCAGGGAAGUGUGAUUGGCAGGCGAGGAGGGGGAGCGAAGGAGAGCUCAUAGGGUCUGAUAUGUCCGCCAUCUUGAAGUGUCGGUGAUGGUGGCGAGCGCUCGCUUUCCCGUCUGAGCCGAGGCAGACCGGGACCCGUGACGGGGAGACGCGCUCGCCAAGCUCAUCUCUCAAAUUUCUAGUUAGAACUGGGCGUGUUAGUUUGAAUUGCGGUCUUUCUGCGAACACCUGAACAACCUUUGAGCUUUGUCUCGAGGAAGAAUGCUUUCUAAGUAGAAAAGUGAAUUGGAGUGCCAAGGCUGUCCCAUGAUGUUCCAGGAGAUCAGUAUAGAUGGGUAUAAAAUAUAUGAAUGUCCUCUCUGCCCCUGCCAGGAAAGCCAUAGGGUACCUAACACUCAGGAAGAAAUCUACUUCAUCUUAACCUAAUUCAGUCCUGCUAAUCUGCUAAUAUUGUAGAUUGAAAGAUUUUGCUGUUGCCAGGAUAUCCUGUAAUGGGCAAGGAGCCACAGAGAAUACAAAUCGUUUUGUUUUCUUAACCUUUUUAAAACUUUUGUUAACAGGGACCUGGGCUCCUGUUGGAAACUGAUGGAAUAAUCUCUGCUCGGCACCUGCCAUGUUGAGGGAGCACCCCUAACACAGCUUGCCUGGGAGACAGUUUGUGAAAUAACGCAGUAACAUGUUUGCAGUAACCAGCAUGUUUUGGAAAUUUGAUCUCCAUUCAUCAUCCCACAUAGACACACUUCUAGAAAGAGAAGAUGUAACACUGAAGGAAUUGAUGGACGAGGAGGAUGUUUUGCAGGAAUGCAAAGCUCAGAAUCGCAAACUUAUAGAGUUUCUGUUGAAAUCAGAAUGUCUGGAAGAUUUAGUUUCAUUUAUUAUAGAAGAACCACCUCAAGACAUGGAUGAAAAGAUCAGAUACAAGUAUCCGAACAUAUCUUGUGAGCUUCUUACGUCAGAUGUCUCACAGAUCAAUGAUAGACUGGGAGAAGAGGAGUCCUUACUUAUGAAACUGUACAGCUUCCUAUUAAAUGAAUCCCCUCUCAAUCCUUUAUUGGCCAGUUUCUUCAGCAAGGUGCUAAGUAUUCUUAUUAGCAGAAAACCGGAACAGAUUGUGGAUUUCUUAAAGAAAAAACAUGAUUUUGUAGACCUCAUUAUAAAGCACAUAGGGACUUCUGCUAUUAUGGACUUAUUGCUCAGGCUGCUGACUUGUAUAGAACCUCCACAGCCCAGGCAAGAAGUAUUAAAUUGGUUAAAUGAGGAGAGAAUUAUCCAGCGGCUUGUAGAAAUUGUACAUCCAUCUCAAGAUGAAGAUAGGCAUUCAAAUGCAUCACAGUCGCUCUGUGAAAUUAUUCGCCUGAGCAGAGACCAGAUGUUACAAGUACAGAACAGUUCAGAACCAGACCCGCUGCUUGCAACUCUAGAAAAGCAAGAAAUUAUAGAACAGCUACUAUCAAAUAUUUUUCAUAAAGAGAAAAAUGAGUCUGCAAUAGUCAGUGCAAUCCAAAUAUUACUGACCUUACUUGAGACAAGACGACCAACAUUUGAAGGUCAUAUAGAGAUCUGUCCUCCGGGCAUGAGCCAUUCAACAUAUUCAGUCAACAAAAGUGUUUUAGAAGCCAUAAAAGCACGACUUGCAUCCUUCCAUGAGCUACUACUUGAGCCCCCGAAAAAAAGUGUUAUGAAGACAACAUGGGGCGUAUUGGAUCCGCCUGUGGGAAACACUCGCUUAAAUGUGAUUAGGUUGAUAUCCAGCCUUCUACAGACUAACACAAACAAUGUGAACUUGGAAAUUAUGGAGUUGAACAGUAUAGGAGUUGUAUUGGAUAUGUUCUUUAAAUACACAUGGAAUAACUUCUUGCAUACUCAAGUAGAAAUCUGUAUUGCAUUGAUUCUUGCAAGUCCCCUUGAGAGUACAGAAAAUGGCACAAUUACAGAUCAGGACUCCAUUGGGGACAAUCUCUUACUGAAACAUCUUUUUCUUAAGUGCCAAUUAGUGGAACAAAUACUUGAAGCAUGGGAAAUGAAUGAGAAGAAACAGGCUGAAGGAGGAAGGCGGCAUGGUUAUAUGGGUCAUUUAACAAGGAUAGCUAACUGUAUUGUGCACAGUACUGAUAAGGGGCCAAACAGUGCACUAGUACAACAGCUUAUUAAAGAGCUUCCAGAUGAUGUCCGGGAGCGAUGGGAGACCUUCUGUACAAACUCCUUAGGAGAAACUAACAAAAGGAACACCGUGGAUCUAGUUACUACCUGCCACAUUCAUUCAUCCAGCGAUGAUGAAAUUGACUUUAAAGAAACUGGUUUUUCACAAGAUUCUUCUUUGCAGCAAGCCUUUUCUGAUUAUCAGAUGCAACAAAUGACGUCCAAUUUUAUUGACCAGUUUGGCUUCAACGAUGAGAAGUUUGCUGAUCAAGAUGACAUCGGGAAUGUCUCUUUUGAUCGAGUGUCAGAUAUCAACUUUACCCUCAAUACAAAUGAAAGUGGGAAUAUUGCAUUGUUUGAGGCAUGCUGUAAGGAGAGAAUACAGCAGUUUGAUGAUGGUGGUUCUGAUGAAGAAGAUAUAUGGGAAGAAAAACACAUUGCGUUUACACCAGAAUCCCAGAGACGAUCCAGCUCGGGCAGUACGGACAGUGAAGAAAGUACAGACUCUGAAGAAGAGGAUGGAACAAAACAAGACUUGUUUGAAUCAAAUACCAAUACAGAAGACAAAAUGGAAGUGGACUUAAAUGAACCACCAAACUGGUCAGCUAACUUUGACGUACCCAUGGAAACUGCACAUGGUGCCAAUUUGGAUUCUGUUGGGUCUGAUGUAUGGAGCACAGAAGAACCUAUGCCAGGAAAAGAAACUGGCUGGGCUUCUUUUUCAGAGUUUACAUCUUCUCUAAGUUCUAAAGAGUCUUUAAGAAGUAAUUCUCCUGUGGAAAUGGAAACAAACACAGAACCAAUGGAUCCCCUGAGUGCAAAUGUAUCUCCACUUGCAACACAGCCAGAGGCCCAAGGAAGUGUUGCUAUGGAGGCCAGCUCAGAUGGAGAAGAUGAUGUGGAAAAUGCAGACAAGGUAACUGAGACAGUAAUGAAUGGCAGCAUGAAGGAAACACUGAGCCUUACUGUAGAUGCUAAAACUGAAACAGCUGUCUUCAAAAGAGUGUUGAAAUCCUAUCGUGAGGAAGGAAAAUUGUCUACCUCGCAAGAUGUUUCUUGUAAAUAUGUGGUGGAGGAGAACACAGAAGCUGUAGAAGAAAAUCCUGCUACUCCACAGCCUGAUAGCAGCAGUCCAGAAAAGAGGACUGAUCAACAAACCCUUUUAGGAGAGGCAGCUGUUAAUGGCCCUGUAUGAUAUGUGAUGUCUGCUGCUGUUGGCUGAAGAACACGAACUGAUAUCCAGGGGUUUUAGUGUUUCUCAAGGAUUUCAUCUAGAGCCUGUCAAAGCCAGUCACUGCUGCACUAAUUUCGCAAGGGAUCAGGACCAGCAACAUUUAUAUUCUAGAUUUUAAGACAUUGUACAGAAAUUCAUAAGUGUAAAAAAUAUUGCACAUUGAGAAAUACCAAUACUUUUUGCGUAUGUUUAUAUUGUAUUGUUCUAAAUAAUGGGUGGCCUGUGAAAUAAGAUCUUGCCACCCAGGUAAUGAUAGUAGUGAUACUGUAGUUAAAAUGGCUGUAAGAAUAGUUUUAUAAAAAAGUGAAUACACAAAUCUAAUGUAUUUGAGACAACUAUUUGACAAUUAGUGUGACCAAAGUAUUUAGCAGUUUUCAUACAUUUUUUCACCUUGUAAAAAUAAAAUUAAAAAAUUCAUGUUUCUUCCAGGUUGGCGAAGAAUUGUAGAACUGAAAUGCCCUAUAAAUGUUAUUUUGGUUGUUUUAGCUUACAAAAGUGAUUUAAAUAAGAAUUUUUGGUGUUCAGCAUUUUACAACAGGUUUUUAAUUGGUAAUUGUUUUCUGUAUUGUUUAAAUCGGAUCAGAAAUGUAAGUCUAUUGGUAGAGAUUUUAAGUAUUUAUUACUACAACUUAGGUGACAAAUUGAUGUUACUGUAAAGCCAUAUGUUCUGUUAGUCUUGUUUGCUUGAAACAAUACCUUACAGGUGAAACACUAGAAUAUUUGAAGUGCACAUGGCUUGUUGUGUUUUUUAAAGUGAUUCACCUACCUUUGAACCCAUUCACCGAGAUUUACUUUAAUACAAGCAUUAUACAAUUGAACAUUUUAGAACAAUUUACAUAUUUAAAACACCAUAAUCCUGUUAGACAAGUCAACUAAGUGAAAUGCCUGUGCUGGCUAAUGUAAUUACAGUACAUGCAUUUUAAAAAUAUAGUAUUUUAAAAGUACAAAUCAAAAUUUGGCACCUGAGCAUGUUGAUUGUUACUUUCACUGUAUUGAUCUGUGUGAGGCUUUCAUUUGUAAGUUCUAAACCAUUUUUUUCACAGCUGGUUUGUAUAUAUAUAGUGAUUAUGGAAACUAAUUCUGCGUAAUUUAUAAUUUUCUAUGUCAGUAUGAAAUUCCAACAGCCUUCUCAAACAAACAGAAGCAAUAUACUGUAUAUUGCCACAUUGGUGAAAGGGUUAAAGUACUUCACCUCUUGCACUUUUAGAUGCAAAUCCAUUUUUAUUUCUGUAAUAGGAAGUUAGUCAUUUAUUUUUACAUUGUUUGUUUUCCUGACCAGUAUUUAAAGCCAAAAGGAUACUCUAAACAAUGGCCAAUGAUUUAUUUUAGAAAGUGUCCCAAGCAACGUGCCUAAACAUUACAUUGCAUACAGAAAUAAAAAAACAAAUGUAUAAUGGUA